AUGCGCACACGACUGGGAGGAGAUCCAAGCCUUAGGGAGAUGGAACGCUCAAAUUCUAUGAAGCGUUAUACUCAAGAUGCUAAUUUGGCUGACAGCUCUCAGUUUGCAAAACAGACAAGAUCUCCGAUCCAGGGUGCCAACGGUCAGUGUGGAGAGGUGGAGGUUGGAAAUAGCGAGAAUUGGAGGAAUGAGAUGUACGACCAGUGGUUGAAAAAGAAAGAUAAACAAGUCGUGGGUGAGUAG